AAACACUGCCGUUGUUUUUUCUGCCUGUAAUUCAUAAUUUAUAUUUAAUCGUCGCUUUUUGCUGAUGAUAAAUUGUUUUCCGAAAAAAGUCGAUUAUUGAUGUUUGCAUUUUGCUUAAAAGUAUAUAAAAACACUACAGUUUUUACUGUAAUUUUGAAUAGUGUUUACGUACCAUGGCCACUUUACUCGGGUUUUCAAGACUUUUUAAUUACGCAGCGAGUAAUUGUUUGAGAAGAGUGACACCGAUUGCAAUUUGCAAGCAAUAUUAUCCUGUAUUAAGAUUAUGGGAGACACCAAUAGCAGAGUAUCGAACAGUUAAAUCACCAUGGAUGAAGACUAUUCCAUCUUAUCAAACAGAGAUACAAGAGUGGGACGAAAAGAAAGAAAAAAUAUGUGCUGACGUGACAAAUGAAAUCAAUAAUCAGAUUGCAACAAACACAACUGGUCGAAUGUUUGCAGUCGUGCAAGUAUGUGGAAAGCAAUUUAAAGUGACUGAAAACGACAUUAUAAUUAUACAAGGAUUCUGGCCACCAAAUAUAGGCGAUCAUCUAAAGUUAGAGAAAGUAUUGCUCGUCGGCAGUACUGAUUUCACUCUUGUAGGAAGGCCACUCUUAAACAGAGAACUCGUUUCGGUCGAUGCAACUGUCAUUGAAAAAACUCUAUCUCACACAAAAACUCGCUUUAGGUUUCGAAAGAGACAGCAAUAUCGUCGUAUAAAUUUUUAUAGAGUACAGCAUACAAUGCUGCGAAUUAACUGCAUAAAUGUAAAUGGGAGCAUUGACGAGAAGAAAGAAGUUGAAGGAUUAGACAGAGUAUAUUGAAAGUAGAAUAUAUAUAAAUUAAUAAAAAAUAAUAUGGAAAUCUUGUAUAUUAUCUCUUUUCCUAAAAAAAGUGCUCACAUCUGAU